UAACUUUUCCGCGGUCACAAUAUUUUUUUCUUUACAUUUAAAAACAAUAUUUAAUUUUUAAAAAAGAAUUGUAAUAUACUGUAGUACUCAACAACGUUUGCAACUUUUACUUAUGUUAUAGAUGCAACAUAGCUCUGAAAAUUGGGCAACAUUGUUGUUGCAUCUCCUUGUCAGUGCAUCCAACAUAAUUGUGUUUAUUAUCAGCUGUUUAUUCGUCAUAGAAAAUCGAGUAAAUUUGUAUUUUUGUGAUUAAACAAAAUGGAUAUUUCUAAAGUAACAAACGAGAAAAAAGUACAGCUUUGUAGAACUUAUUUUAUAGCUGGCUUGGCUUUUCUACCAUUCUUAUGGACGAUCAACGUCUUUUGGUUUUUUAAUGAUGCGUUUCGAGCACCUCUUUUUCCAGAACAAAAAAGAAUAAAGAAAUUUGUGAUAUUGUCGCUGAUGGGUGCACUGAUUUGGUCAGUUAUACUUAUAACCUGGAUAAUUAUAUUCCAAACAAAGCGUGCCGAAUGGGGGGAAUUGGCGGAUAGAAUGAGUUUCAUUAUACCAUUGGGUAUUGCUUGAAUAAUAAACAUUCCGUAAAAUUCAGUUUAGUAUUUUAACAUUAAAAGAGUAAACAAAUUGACUUAUUAUUUUACUUAUAAUAUUUUUAAAAUUAAACAACCACUAAUAUUAUAUAAAUCAAAA